GUUAGGUUUCAGAUAGGACGGGGCGUAACCUCUGAGCCGGCAAAGCAAAGCAAGGCGUGUGCGGCUGCAGUCUUCUCACUUUCUUUCCUUCACUCACCCGACUGGAAUCGACUUCAUCUUUUUAAAAGUUUAGAGUAGGAAACUACUUUUUUGUCAACCUAAUACGACGACAACUAGAGGCGCAAGUUUACUUUCACACUCCGUAUACUUGUUCCAGACUUUCCUGAUAUCAGCUCUGCCUUCCUGGACACAUCUGAUCCUCCAGCUAUGGGGUUGUCCAGGCAGCUGGUGCUCUCAUUCCUAACUGUGAUUGUGGUCACCUCUUCUGUGUACUUCAUCAGCAUGUCCCCAAGAUGGUCUCCAAAGCCAUAUGCUGAAAAUCCCCGUGAGAUGUCCACUCUAGAAGUUUCAAUGCAAGCCAGAAUUGCCUCAGAAAAUUAUAAUAAAUCUAUUCUGCCAAGCAAAGUGACCAUUUCAGCGGAAUUCCUCAAAAAUAUUCCAGUCAACAAUGCCUACUGGAAUCGGAGGCUGCACCAAGUGUUUGAGCAGUUGGAUAGGGAGGAUGAAAUGACCUCCAAACAACCGUCCGGUUUUCCCUGUCUGUCGAACUCAAACAUUCCCAAGGAAAUUUCAGAUUUUGGCUCAUAUCCUCUUAUAUACAAGAACUUCUUAUCCACCAUAGACUGUCGAGACUUCCCAAUAAUUAUCAAUCAGCCUCAGAAGUGUGCCCCACUGCAAGGUGGUGGGCACACUAACAGAACUUUUCUCCUGCUGGCUAUUAAAUCUCUUCCUAAACAUUUUGAGGAGCGUCAAACUAUUCGAGAGACUUGGGGUCGGGAACAAGUGUUUGAUGGGGGACUGAGGGCGCACAGUGUCUUCCUGUUAGGCUCUACUGGAGAGAAUGACCCUGACCUGCAAUUGCUACUGAAUUAUGAGAGCUCACACUUUGGAGACCUUCUACAGUGGGGGUUCCAGGAUAACUUUUUCAACCUGACACUGAAGGACAACUUGUUCCUGCAUUGGACGUCCAUGUUUUGCCCAGAUGCUCAAUUCAUUUUCAAGGGAGAUGAUGAUGUUUUCGCCAACCCCCAGCAAAUAGUAAGUUAUUUGAGGUCACUGGAUGCUGAGCAGGCCUCCAAACUGUAUGCAGGGCAAAUUGUCACACAGGCCUCUCCCAUUCGUGACCCUAAGAGCAAGUAUUAUGUACCAAAGACUUUCUAUGAUGGCCCUUAUCCUCCUUACGCUGGUGGAGGUGGCUACCUUUUCUCUGGAGCAUUUAUUAAGCCCCUCUAUCAUAUAUCUCAGGCCCUCCCAUUGUAUCCCAUCGAUGAUGUGUAUACAGGGAUGUGUUUUCAGGCACUAGGAGUAACACCGUUGCGCCAUGAGCAGUUUCAGACUUUCGACAUUUGGGAAAAAGACCGUGAAGACCCUUGUGUGCACAGCAAAAUCCUGCUGGUUCAUCAGAGGUCUCCACAACAGACAAAACACCUCUGGAAUGCCAUCCAUAGCCCUGAGCUGAAGUGCUGAUUUCAGGCAAAUUGUCUAGAACUUGUAGUCGCUUCCUUGAACCUCAGUCUCGCGAGUUGAGAUGGGAAGCAUGCGACUCAAAAGGGGAGAGAGAGAGAGAAUCUAGUGUCUAUGGAGGCUGAAGGCCAUGAGGAAUGGAAUUUACGAAUGUGAAUGUAGAUAUGAGUGAGCAUGUGAAUGGAAGUGAUUACUAAUAAGUCAUAUUCAGGAUACCAGCCUAAGCCAUUGAAUCAGAAUGUUUCCCAAUUGUGGGAUGAUAAAGCAAACUUGAUAACUGAAGAGGCACACAUAUACUUCUGAGCAACUGACAUGAACAAAGUCUGCAUAUAUGAUGAAGAUGAGCCUUCAAACUGACCUGUGAGGGUGGUCACAAGAAUGAUUUUGGAGGUCAAAGGAAUGGAUAAUCCAUAACAGCAGCCCUCAAAAUCUUGACUAACAACAUGCAAGGGUGGUGGCCUCAUUUCAUUUUGUCUUUACUAUAACGUAACAUUCAUGUACCUGCUUGCUCCAAGUUAAGAUUACAGAAGGCUGGAGCCUAUCCUGGCAGCAUCAAGUGCAAGGCAGGGUCUAACUCUUGAAUGGGACACCAACUCUUCAUGGGGACCACUCACAUCUGCCAAUUUGUAAUUAAUUCCCUAUGGACCUAACUUUGAAAUGUGAGAAUAGUUUUUUUUUUUUUUUUUUUAUAGGCAGCUCAGGUAUUAGUGGUACAAAACUUAGCAUAUCACGCAUCCCCCUUGUUCAGGCUUGAUAGAAUAUUAAAGUAAUCUUUAUUAAAGUGAACUUCCACUUUAUAGAUAAACCACAGUGAAUGUUAGCUAAUUUUGUUCCCCUUUCAUUACAAUCAGCAUGAAUGGAGUAUAUUCAAAUAGUUGUCAUAAUUUUAAGUAGGACAAUAGGAAAAAUAUCUGUCCCAUCUGUUCUAAAAUCAUUUAUUGUAAUUUGGGCAGUGCUGGGUGCAAGGCAGGAUUCACUCCGAGUCAGAGUGGCAGUCCACCAUAAGGCUCACUAGCCCACCCAUCCACACACACAUUCACAAUUUAACUUAAGUGUCAAUCCAAAUUAAAAUACUGUACUGCUUUUGCUGCCAUAUAUUAUAGAAAAUCCUUAUCAGUUAAGUAACAGCUAAAAUAUAUAUUUGCACUGAACACAACUUCCAAUUCACGGUACCAAUAAACCAAUUCAUGGUACUGAUAAACCACAUGAUGAUAAAACCAAUUAUAUUUCCUUACCAUUAUUCAAGGCAAGCAGAUAAUUCAUCAUUUGGUUUAACUAUAAGUUAUACAUUGAUUUCUUAAAUUUCAGUGGCUGUGUUUAUCAUACCUCUUGAGUAUUACAAGCAGCACAAAGUAUUAACCUCUACUAGGAACUGUGAUGUCUUCAUUUCAUGGAUGCUGUUGGACAAACUGUUAUUUUGAUUUGAACCUAACUUGAUUCAACCCAAAAUACGCGCAUGCAGUGAUUUUGUCACCAACUGUAAAAUACAUUUGUAAUAUAUAUAUUAUUGCCGUUACCGCACAUGGAAAUUGGUUGAUUUUGUACUCUCUGUUUCCUCUGUGAUGAGCUCAUCAGAUCACAGCUUCACAGCUUGACAUGAUUAAUCUACAAUUUAGCACACGUGAUGAUGUAUGGCUGUGCUUCUUAAUUGGGUUGUGGUCAUGUCUGUGAUGAAGCACUACAUGAUUCAUCAUCCUAGUUCACCCAGCUGUGAAUUUUGUGGAAUUUUGAGGAUAUGUCACCCUUGUAGUGCCAACACUAUUAGCUCAUGUUCAUGGACAUUUCUGAGGCAGCUUUUUUCGAGAUUGCGACUGACCACCAGCAGUUCACCACAGUGCAAAUCUUUGAACUGAGAUGCUUAAUAGUGAUAGUCCAUGGCAAUUCACUCGGCGACGAGAAUGGGAUGUAGUGGUGGUGUUGCAUAGAAAUGUUGGGGGCUGAGAGAAAGCUCAACUGAGUUCACCAGGAACUCCACUCGCUGUUUCCAAAAGCGGUUGGCACAGCUGAUGCAAAGAGGUCUCCUAUUAGCGCGUGCCGCAAGUAAACCUUUUUUUGAGCCAGAUGUUGCGAGUUUGAGCUUGACCACUAGUUAGUUCACCACAGUGCAGAUCUUCAAACCGAGAUACAUGAUGGUGCAAAUCCCAUCCUCGUCACCAAGUAAAUCAUCAAGGAUGUAAUGGUGGUAUGGUGCAAGAAAGGCGGAGGCUGAGAGAAAGAGAGCAGCAGGAAGUGUUCCGCUCGCAGUGUUCAAUGCAGCCGAUGCAAAGAGUUCUUCUAUUAGCUCACACUGUAAGGAGACCACUUCUGAUUCACAGUUGACCAUUGUCGGUUCACCACAGUACAAAUCUCUGAAUUUAGGUGUUUUUGUGGUGUGAGUCCACAGCAAUUCACCCCUCUUUUUAGUGUGUUAAUUAUUGCAGCAGCAUAUGAUUUGAGACGUAUCCUACAAACAAUGCUGCAAAACAGAGAGCUAUCAUUUCUAUAGUUUGAAAUUAUAAUAAAUUUUCCUCACACCACCACCUCCCCUCACAUAACCAAUGGUAUGGAACAAUCAGACUAAGAUGACCAACAAGCGAAUAAAUGUACAAGAAAUAGGGAGACAGACAACUUUGUACGAUGAAAGCACAGCAGCACUAGUUUGUAAAGUUGAAAUUAAAAUAACAGGAAUAAGGGUGCGAUGAUUUUCAGGGUGUUGUCAGGGGGGUGAAUCCACAGAGUGGAGUUUUAUAUAGUGGCGUGACAGUGUUAGAACAUUAGAACAAUCUCAAUGAGGCCAGGCCAUUCAUCUUAACAAAGUUCACCAGUCCUAUCCACUUAAUUCUUCUAAAAAAAAAUCAGGUCUAGUUGUGAAGGCCCCUAAAGUCCUCCUCUCUACCACACUGCUUGGUCACCUAUUCCAGGUGUCAGUGGUUCUCUGUGUGGAAAAAAAACUUCCUAAUGUUUGUGUGAAAUUUAAGAAAUUUCCAACUGUGCCCUCAUGUUCUUGAAGAACUCAUUUUAAGUCACAGUCUCGAUCCACUGGACUAAUUCUCUUUAUAAUUUUAAACAUUUCAAUCUUGUCUCCUCUUAAUCUUCUUUUGCUUAAACUGAAAAGGCUCAGCUGUUUAAAUCUUUCUAAAUAACUCAUCCCCAUGGGCAGCAUGGUGGUGCACUGAUAUCGCUGCCACCUCACAGUAAGGAGACCCAGGUUUGCUUCCCGGGUCCUCCCUGUGUGGAGUUUGCAUAUUCUCCCCGUGUCUGCUCCGGUUUCCUCCCACAGUCCAAAGACAUGCAGGUUGGGUGCAUUGGCAAUCCUAAAUUGUCCCUAGUGCGUGCUUGGUGUGUGUGUGUGUGUCGUGCGGUGGGCUGGCGCCCUGCCCGGGAUUUGUUUCCUGCCUUGCGCCCUGUGCUGGCUGGGAUUGGCUCCAGCAGACCCCCGUGACCCUGUAGUUAGGAUAUAGCGGGUUAGAAAAUGACUGACUGACUAAUUCAACCCCUGUAUCCCUGGAGUUAGCCUAGUCGCACUUCUCUGGACUCUUUCUAGCGCUGCUGUGUCCUUUUGGUAGCCUUUUGUAGUGUUGUAUGCUAAAUUCAGUUGUAGUGGCUGUUGUGAACUGGAGUCCCAAGCACUAAAGAGUUUGAAGUUCCUAACACUUCCAGUCAUGCCCACUAGAGGUGAUAUCCACCAUCAAACUCCAGCUAGUAAUAAUGGCACACACCAAAUCUUAUUCUAAACACACUGAAGCUCCAUGGAGCACAAAGGCAAAAUGGAAUUGCCUGUAACAAAAGCAAUCCAAGCCGGACAAAUCCCAUUACAGAAUCCAAACAGAGUAGCCGAUAAAACAGCAAGAGGGUCAAAAUUCCAAAAUAUACAAAAGACACAAGAACAGCAGAACACAAAAUACCGACUCAUCUUUUUGACAUUUUCUGGUGUCCUUACAGUUCUCAGUCAUCCUACAAACACACAAGUUUCUCACUAUCAGUAGACUGAAACUUAUCGAACGCCUUUAAAACAGUGUUACAAUGAAGAAAAUCACCCAAACUGAAGACAUGUUAAACUUAUAAUGAAAUUUUUGCACCUCUACUACAGUUUUGCCAUAACGACAAACAAACAGCGAGACACUGACCUAUUGUUCUUGGCCACUGUCAUGUCUCAGCCAGGGUUCUUCCACUAUCCUAUCCCCCAUAUAAAAUACACAUAAUGCGUUCCUUUUAAAGAAUAAUUUAGUUACCCGAGUCCAUUUUUUUAUUAGUUUAUUGAAUUGUUAAAUGAAAACUGGGUUAUGCUCAACAAUUUGCAAACUCAUUUAGGACAAUGUAUUUUUAUUGACAUAAAACGUUAUUUUAAAAAAAUAAUGUAAUACAAGACAAGGUAAAUAAACUGAAAUGGACUUUGCUUUAUUCCUUAUCCAGUGCCAGGAGUCAAUCCUUUCAAAAACCAUCAUGUCACAACUAUCAAGACUUUGUUUCUCUCCGCUUUACUGAAGUUUACACUAAGCAUCUACACUGGCAGGGGUAAACCUCUGGAAUCCAUCCCCUGUUUUAAGUAUUAAUUAUUGUUUAAUUAUCAACCGGUUUUAUCUUUACGUGAGAAAUAUGCAUGAAUAGAAACCAACACAUUGACAUUUUUUAAUGAUAUGGCCAUUGUCAUUUGUCCAGGUAUGGCACUGUUGUCAAUGUUAUGGUAACAAUCGGCUUCUCGGCUCCCAAUUUGGUACUGAUUUUCUUAUUUGGAUCCUCAGAUUAAAAAGUUUAAGAACCAUGGUAUACGCUGUUGUAGCUUCGUCCAAUUUGCUGUCACCCUUACGGCA